AAAGUGGUCCACCUACAUACAGUUGCAGCAAAUGCCAAACACUCCCUUGUCUCUUCCUCUGUUAUCAUCUCCUCCCCACCAUUCUCUAGAGAGAGAAAAUGCAGUGUGUGUGUUUCUUGUCUGAAUAUCUUCACCUCAUCCUAAAACCUCUGUCUGCCCCCUCCCGUGACUCUCCGUACCCAUCACUCUCUCUCUCCUCUCUCAGAUAUUUGUAUUUCUUUCUUGUAAUAAAAUCCCUCUUCUUUUUUUAGCAAACCAUUUCCAUCUCGAAAUAACCACCUCUUUCCCCCCUUUCCUCAAAAUAGCAACUGCAGAAAUUACCUUUCCCUUUCCCUGGGAUUUCUCAGCCAUGGAAGAAGAGAAACAUAAUAAAUCUUCUCCCAUUCAACAAAAUCACAAUCUUCGAUGAAUUCAAGAAAAACCCCUAGGGCUCAAUUUUGCACCACUAAUUUAGCGCCGCGUUUGGCUCUCUUUAAAUAGAUUUCGGUCCUUUUCUGACCUCAGUUUUAGUACUACUCUCCCUUUUUCAGGGUUUAGGGUUUUUACACUCCACACGCUACACACACCCAAACAGGUCCUUAGGGAAAAAAAAAUGUCUUCCUGUUUAAGUGGGAGAGCUUAUAGAUUGAACCUUGAUUUGAUCAAAUCCCCAACCACAACCUUCUCAACCUCAAAUUCAUCCUCAUCUCCUUCCUCAACCCUCUCCGAAUCCAGCAAUUCCCCUCUCUCCAUCUUCACCCGAAAGCCCCGGACGCCGCGGAAGCGCCCGAACCAGACCUACAACGAGGCCGCCGCGAUCCUCUCCACCGCGUACCCCAAGCUCUUUCCCGCCAAAAAUAUCCCGAGGCCGCCGUUUAAUGCCCGGGGGAAUAAUUUCCUCUCGGAGCCCCCGGACCUGCUCCUUCCGGCAGCGCCGCCGCCGCCGGCGAAAUUCGAGAAGGCGUGCCGGAGCCCGGGCGAGGUCACGUCUUCUCCUCGGGGGGAUUUUUUCCCGGAAAAUCGCGACGAGUUCGGGGAGGAUUUCGACGCGGAGUCGAUUCUCGACGAGGAGGUCGAGGGAGGAAUCGAUAGCAUCAUGGGGAAUCUCGCGGCGGAGGGAGGCGCCGCCGCCGUGGAAUUCGCCGGCGCCGGCGCCGGCGGUGGUUAUUGCUACGGUUUUCCGGUGGGGAUGGGGUUUGAUUUCGGGUACGGGAUGAUGAUGAGGGCGAUGAGGAAUGGCGGCGGGAGGGAGCGGUGGAGCUCGCCGACCGUGAACGUCGUCGAUAUCACGGCGGCGGCGGCGGGGGAGAAGAAGGCGGCGGCGGCGACGAAGAAGAAGCAGAAGAAGAAGAGAGAGGAUUAUUCGGCUGCGGAGAAUUCCGGCGCGGCGGUGGGGCGGCUGGGGCUGAAUUUGAACUACGACGACGUUUUGAGCGCGUGGUCGGAGAAGGGGUCGCCGUUUUCCGGGGAUGCGGCGGCGGCGGAGGGCGGCGGGAAGGAUGUCCAAGAACGAUUGGGAGAGAUAGAUUUGUUCCCGGAGAAUGGGGCGCCGGCGAGGGGUGCCAUCGUGCUCCGAUACAAGGAAAAGCGCCGGACACGCCUCUUCUCCAAAAAAAUUAGAUACCAAGUCCGGAAAGCCAAUGCUGAUCAACGCCCUAGAAUUAAGGGAAGAUUUGUGAGAACGCCAAAUUCAGCCGAAGAAGAUUAGGAAAUCAGAGCACUCUGUUUUUUGUAGACUUAAGUAAUAUUUUCUCAUUCCUUCUUUCAUAAUUUUUUCUACUCUUAUAGGAUAUCAAACUCCAAUGAGAUAUGCAUAAGUAGGAAGAACACAACUUGAACACAAUUAUAUUUUUCUUCGUUUCUUUUUGAUCGAUACUCUAUUUUGAUGAAAUUUAGAUAAUCUGUCCUAAAGCUAUA